AUGCCUGGCUCUGGCGACGAGAAAUAUGAACGCCGGCGGCGCUCUGUGAGCUCCCACUCCGAUCACAACCGCGAACGUCGGCGACAAGAUGAUCGCAAAGAAGAUCACUACUCGAGCUCCAGGCGGCGCGAUGACAACCACCGGAGCUCUCGUCGAGACAGCUCCCGACGCAGGUCAUCGCGCAGUCCCCGACAAAGGACCGACCGCAGUGAUCGCGACCGGCGCCAGCGCCGAGAUCGAUCCAACUCGGCAGACGACCGCCGCCGACACAGGCACCGCAGCCACCGACACCGUGAUACGCGACACGAAGAUAAAGGACGCUCAUCCCGAAGACACCGCGAUGCACGAUCUCGCUCCCGCUCCCACUCCCCACGAAGAUCGCCCAGCCCUCCGCGUGCGUUAGAGCGUAGCGGUCCACUGCCGUCCCAAUCCGAUGCCUUUACGGAUGUGGCUCACCCGUCCGAUGCGCCUGCUCCUGAAAAGCAAAAGCCAAAUUUCAACUCUACGGGUAGACUCGCGGCGGAGAGUAAUACGGUCCAGGUGGAGGGUACCCCGGGGGGAAUUGUCUUAAAAUAUCACGAGCCUCCCGAGGCGCGCAAGCCACCCCCAAAAGAAGCUUGGCGCAUGUACGUGUUCAAGGGCAAAGACUUGCUGGAGACAGUCGAGCUUGGAGAGCGGAGUUGCUGGCUGUUCGGUCGAGAGCAAAUGGUGGUAGACUUCCCCAUAGAACAUCCCAGCUGCUCGAAGCAACAUGCCGUGCUACAAUUCCGGUUCGUUGAGAAAAGGAACGAAUUCGGUGAUCGCAUUGGCAAGGUGAAACCAUAUCUCCUGGACAUCGAGAGUGCAAAUGGCUCUAGUCUCAACGGGGAAACCAUUCCUGCUGGUCGCUACAUCGAAGUCAUGGAUAAAGACGUCAUUCGCUUUGGAUUGAGCUCACGCGAAUAUGUGCUCAUGUUACCUCCCAGUUGA